AUGGGUGCUAAAGCUUCAAAACUUUCAAAGGAUGAUUUAACCAGUCUUAAACAAUCUACGUAUUUCGAUCGUCGUGAAAUUCAACAAUGGCAUAAAGGUUUCCUAAGGGAUUGUCCGACUGGUUAUUUAACUAGAGAUGAUUUUGUGAAAAUAUAUAAACAAUUUUUCCCAUUUGGCCAACCAGAAGAUUUUGCAAAUCAUUUAUUUUCUGUAUUUGAUAAAGAUAAUAAUGGAUUUAUUGAAUUUAAAGAAUUUAUUGCUGUAUUAAGUACAACAUCCAGGGGUACAUUAGAAGAGAAAUUAGUAUGGGCUUUCCAACUAUAUGAUUUAAAUCAUGAUGGGUAUAUUACAUAUGAUGAAAUGUUAACUAUUGUCAGUAGUGUAUAUAAGAUGAUGGGAUCAAUGGUACAAUUAGAUAAAGAAGAAGCAACACCAGAACUUAGGGUUAAAAAUAUAUUUAAAUUAAUGGAUAAGGAUGAGGAUGGAUAUAUAACGUUGGCAGAGUUUAGGGAAGGUUCUAAAGUCGAUCCAUCCAUUAUCAGUGCAAUCAGCCUCUAUGAUGGCCUGGUUUAA